AUGCGCGACCAUCCCCGUCCCCUGCCGAGCUCCCGUGGGGUGUCCCGUGGGGUGACGGAGCGAAGCAGCCCAUCGGGCUUCACCGGCGGGGGCACCCACUCCAGGGUGGUGCUGGUCUCCGGAGAUGGCCAGAUCCUGGCUGAGACAGAGGGACCCUGCACGAACCACUGGGGGCUGUCCCUCAGUGGGGGUGACCAGAAGGACGCGAUCGGCAAGCUGACGGAGGAGCUGCACCAGCGCUUCCCCCACCUGAGCCAGAGUUACUACAUCACCACCGAUGCUGUCGGGGCCAUGGCCACCGCCACUGACCACGGUGGCAUUGUCCUAAUCUCGGGUACCGGCUCCAACUGCAAACUCAUCAACCCCGACGGGUCGGAGACAGGCUGUGGCGGCUGGGGACACAUGAUGGGUGACGAGGGCUCAGCAUACUGGAUCGCGCAUCAGGCCGUGAAGAUGGUGUUCGACUGCAUGGACAACCUGGAGGUGCCACCCCACGAUGUCAGCUACAUCAAGCAGGCCAUGUUCGACUACUUCCAGAUCUCCGACAGGAUGGGCCUCCUGACACAUCUCUACCGCACCUUCGAGAAGUCCAAGUUUGCGGGAUUUUGCCAGAAGCUGGCGGAGGGUAGGGAAGCCCCUUCCCCGGGGGGCCGUUCAUCUGCGCUGGGGGGGGCCCGCUUGGGCGCCAGGAACAUCGGCCAGGCUCUGCCCUUGGACUAUGCCGGCAACGUGGAUGUCUUCUACACCCAUGUCUUCUAG